GGGAGAGGGAUGAUGCCAGAGGGCUGCAGGCAAACACACACGUUCAAAACUUAGAGGAAAUUUCGGCCAGUCUCCUUUGGCACUGAUAGACUUACAAGAACACUUGAAAUAAUCUGUGCAUUCCUUUGCCCAUAUGGGCUGACAUUCAAUGUGGCUGAAUCCUGAAGUGUUCCUCUCCAUUUUUAAAUCUGUGGAAGUCAUUUUGGGACUUGUGGCCUUUCUUUCUUUCAUUGGAAACUUGCAGACAACUGGAAACCGUUAUACGAAUGAUUUUGCUGACACCUCAACGGUAAAUUGCUGACUACUUUUGCUGUUCCUGGGCACUUGCUUUGUGGGGGGAAAAAAAAAAGGUGAGGACUGCAGCAUCACCACCAUCAUCAAGCUGAGCUUCAGCAAACUGGACAAGCUGUUUAUACAGGAUUCUUGAGCCAGGAAUCAUGAAAGACAGCUAUGGUGGAUAUGAGAACCAGCUUUUCAAAGAGGAGGACCUCAAUGGAGAGGAAGAGGAAAUCCCUUCAUUUAGAGGUCGUACCAGAGGAGGCUGUGUGAGGUGCCAGCAGAGCCAUUCUCUUCAGCUGGCUGUCAAAGUCCUCUAUGGAUUUGUUGCAUUCCUCAUUAUUACCGUGGCAGUGCUGGCAUCACUCGUGUUCAGGAAGGUUGACAGCUUGUCUGAAGAAGAGUCCGUCUACCACAAGAAGAUCAACAGAGUUCAACAAGGAAUAGACGAUCUGAGCUCCACCUCUAACUGUUCAGGAUGUCUUGAUGUGACUCUGUACAGUGAAGAGAUCAGCAGGCUGAAGAGAGAGUUUGAAGACAUCCAGAGAAUGAUACUGGGACAAGAGCAGGUCCUGGACCAGGCCUCCCAGGCCCAGGCCGCUCUAAGGGCCACCAGCAACCGGCUGACACGCGACAUGCAAAACCACCUCGUAUCGAUCAAACUUCUCAACCAGUCCCUGGAAAGAUACCUGGAUCGUGUGGAGGGCUGGAAGGACGUGAUCGAGGAAACUGAAGAGAAGAUGAAAACUCUGACCGAGGAUCAGUAUGAUAUCAAAGCCACAGCACAGCAAGUUAACACUACAGUGGCUCUCAGCACGAUGUGGAUAGACGCCCUGCAGAGGAAAGCAGAUGAGGAGACUCUGGUCCUCCAGAAGUUGACCAGCGACUGGCAGAACUACAGCCGAGUUCUGAGCGCUAUCAAAUCCAACACCACGAGCACCAUGCAAACCAUGCGCUUCCUCCAAAACAGCAUCUUAGCUGAUCACCAGAGAAUCGCCAUGUCCACCGAGGUGUACUAUGACCUAACUCAGCAGGUGAUGAACCUGCAGAUGCAGCUUGACAAUGUGACAUCUUUCAUGGAUGAACAUGAGGAGAACAUGCAUGACCUUAACUACCAUUCCAGGUACUACGAGAACCGUACAGGCGAACGUUUCUCUGCCUUGGAUGGUCGUCUGAACUCCAUCGAGAUGGAGAUCGACACGGUGUCCUCCAGCAUCAACGCCACCGUCAGCCACGUCCAGAGCAUGUACAAAUACAUCAACAUCGAGAGCUCGUCCUGCCAGAGCCGCAUGGGCAGACACACGGAAGAUCUACAGAACCUGAACAACACAGUGUUGUUACUCCUCCACUUAGCCGACACACUGAGGCAGCAGAAUAUGUUGUUAAAUGUCCGACUGGAUGUGGAUGUCAGGAACCUGUCCAUGGUGAUGGAGGAGAUGAAGCUUGUGGACAUUCAUCAUACCCAGCUCAUUAAGAACUUCACUAUACUAAAAGGUGCUCCUGGACCUCCGGGGCCCAAAGGGAACCGUGGUGAAACUGGUUCAAAAGGGCCCAUGGGACUUACUGGGAGCAAAGGUGACCGAGGACCCAUAGGAAGCCGUGGAUCCAUUGGAGAGAAGGGGUCUCUUGGGCCCAAAGGUGCCCCAGGUGAACCAGGUCCCAGUGGCAACAGAGGGGCAGUAGGGAUAAAAGGAGCCAAAGGGUCUCUUGGUGCACCAGGGCCACGUGGUGAGAGGGGCCAGAAAGGUGAUGUGGGCCCCCCUGGUAAAGACGGGGUCCCAGGACCCACAGGGCCUCCAGGGAUCCAGGGUCAGGCAGGAUUGCCAGGCAUCAUAGGGCCAACAGGACCAAGGGGAAAACCAGGGCCAGUGGGGCCACCUGGACCACCAGGAACCCCUGGACCUCCAGGGUUGCCAUACCCCCAUGACCACAUCAGCACCCAGCGGGUGUCACGGUCCGCUGCUGGGUCCAAGAGGCAGUAGAGAGAUGGACGGAGACAUAGACUAGAGGUGAUCUGUCCAGUACAAAGAAGCUUAAGAAUCAUAGUCUGAUAUGAACUGAAGGAAUCUCAUCCAUUGUGACUGGAGACGCAAUAACCCAUCUGUAUGGGACUGUGCAAGACAAUGGAGAACUUUAUGAUCAAAUACAUCUAAUCAAUCUGGAGAUGGGGCUUUAAAGGACCCCCUGAUCAAAUAACAUGACCACAAGAAAUGAACCAAGAGGAGGAUUUAAGAAAUAGAAAACAGAACUGCUGUUGAGACGUGAGAGCACUCAAGGCUGAAAAUAGACUAUGUUUGGACAGACUUUGAAUUUUAUAUGGUGGUGGUCUUCAUACAACACAUGGAUCUCAUACUGUAACUCAUUUGGAUGGGUCUUUUCUUGUAUUAGACCCAAGUACAGCAGACCUUCAAGCCUGUUAGUCCAUACACAAGUAACAAAGUACAGAAUGAGCUUCUACCAGAAUUAAAAACCUGUCUUAGGUGAUGAGAUAAAUAAGAAUAAAAACACAUCCAUUACUGAAUUUUAUGUCUUGCCUAGUUGAAUGUACUGGAAGUGAAGAAUGUGUUUGAGGUUGUUGUCAAGCCACCAAAACCUCAUGGGGCAUAAUGAAUAGGAGGGCUGUUAACCACAGAGUUGGACGAAAGUGGUGUUUUCCCAUACAGACUACUCAAAGGUUUACAUUCCCAUGCACUACUAUAUGGGCACAGAAAAAAUCUUUUUUUUACAUUAUGUACACGAUGACACAUCCUUUUCUGGUGGAUAGCACUUUAUUGGUUCUUAAAGUGUAAAAAAUUAAGGUCAGUUAGCUUAUGUUUUGGUAUUUCAGAGCAGGUACUCUGAAGACCAUUUUUUUCCAUCUAUAGGGCAAAAUUGUCAUUUUAUGAUCUGUGUUUGAAGAAGUAAAGCAGGCUAGCUGUUUCCCUCUGCUUCCAGUUUUUAUGCUAAGCUAAUCGCCUCUGGCCCUAGCUUCAUACCUUAUUCGCUGACACGAGAGUGGUAUCAAUCCUCUCGUCUAACACAAAAUCUUGAACUAUUCCUUUAAGACGUGUGAUGGCUGGAAACAUGUUGGUACCAAAGCAGCAGUCAAUUUCAAUUUGUUUUCCUGCAAACAAAAUGCUGCCUUUCUGCAGUCUCUGCUAUAAACAACUGUGAUAGAGAAAUUACUUUUGAGAGUGUUUGGGUCUUAUGAUACACACAUUAAUAAUCAUUUAUAUCUCAGAAAAAAAAAAGCUUUACUAAAAGGGAAACAUACUAUUUUUGUAAACCUGCGUGUUGUAAUGAAAUGCAACUGGAUUGCAUUGAACUUCAAUAAAUUCUUGUUUCAACAGA